AUUCCUCGAACUUCCUAGACGUUCUCUACUCAGAUUGGUGAUCGCAUUUUCCGUGUCGGAUCAUUACUCUGAUCAAAUUUCAAAGAUCCACAGCCCAGUGUUCAAGACACGCUUCACGACGCUGCUGCCUCCUUUUAUUGGGGAAGAAAAGAGCCAGAAAUGUCAACCAAUAAUUCUUCUCUAGUGGGCACCAGCCAGAAGUUUGUCGCGUACCUAACCUUCGGAUGGAUGGACUACACUCUGUUCUUCGUGAUGCUCAGCAUCAGCGCCGCAGUCGGUGUUUACUUUGGAUUCUUCAGCAAAAAGCAAGACACAAAGAAGGAAUAUCUCUUCGGUGGGAAAGCAAUGAGCUACUUUCCAGUCGCCAUGAGCAUAACUGCAGGUCACGUAUCGGGUAUCACCCUAUUGGGAAUCCCUUCUGAGGUUUACAAGUACGGGACUCAGUACGCAGCCUGCAUAUUCACUACCAUCUUCAUGUGCUUUUUGACCUCGUACAUCUUCCUCCCGGUCUUCCAUAAGCUCCAGCUGACCAGCACCUUUGAGUACUUAGAACUAAGGUUUGGAAGGAUUGUUCGACAGCUUGCGUCGGUUCUCUAUACCAUAUCUUUGAUCCUUCAUACGCCCCUCGUUAUCUAUGGACCCGCACUGGCCUUUGCCCAGGUGACUGGUUCUGAUAUGCAUUACGUCGCUCCUGCUAUAGGAGGUGUCUGUAUUUUCUACACAACUGUAGGUGGACUCAAAGCCGUGGUAUGGACUGAUACGAUUCAGUUCACGGUCACUAUUGUCACUCUUUUCAUCGUUCUUACUUUGGGCAUCAUCUCCGUUGGGGGCAUUGGCGAGAUCUGGCGGAUAUCCGGGGAAGGAGGUCGUCUGAUAUUUUUUGAUAUGAAUCCCAGUCCAUUCGUUCGAAGUAGCUUCUGGGCGGUAUCUCUUGGUCUGACAACAUCUUGGGCUGCUAACAUCAGCGUCAAUCAAAGUAGUAUGCAGAGAUUCCUUGCUGUGCCAACCCUUUCGGAAGCCAGAGUAUCUCUCUGGGUACUGUGUGUUGGACUGGUCACUGCAAAGUGGAUAUCCAUCGCCACUGGCCUGAUAAUGUUUUCCAAAUAUCACGAUUGCGACCCGGUUACAGCAAACAUUGUAGAUAAGGCAGACCAGAUGUUACCCUAUUACGUAAUGGACGUCGCAGGAAACAUUCCUGGACUGCCGGGCCUUUUCAUAUCCGCUCUUGUGAGCUCUGCUUUAUCAACGAUGAGCGGUGGAUUAAACACGGCAGCUGGAACCAUAUGGGAAGACUUCAUCUCCCCCUGGAUUCCAGAGAGUGAAAAGAAAGAAGCAAUGGCCACAAAAGUGAUGAAGGUUACCGUCGUUUUAUUGGGAUUCCUGUGCAUCUUCUUCGUUUUCAUCGUAGAACACUUAGGUGACAUAUUCAUGGUGUCUACGACCAUGAACGGUGUUACGGCUGGAACUAUCACGGGCUUCUACGUUCUCGGGAUGAUGGUUCCAUGGGCGAAUUAUAAGGGUGCCGUAAUCGGGGGGAUCAUAGGCUUUACCGCCUCAACAUGGAUCAUAGUGGGCGCCCAAGUCGAGAAAGUGAAAGACACCUACGUGUCACUACCAACCUCGAUAGCUAAUUGCGCGAUUCAACCGAACAUGACGCAUUCGACAGAGUCGACGUCCGCUUCGCCCGUCGAUUCCGAAGACAAACCCAUGAUCCUUUAUACCAUUUCUUUCCUUUACUAUUCACUGAUCGGAAUCACAGUCGUCGUAGUGAGCGGAACUAUGGCCAGUUUUGUCACUGGUCGAUCAAAGCUCAAUGAAUUGAACAGAGAUCACUUUGCUCCGAUUGUUCAGAGGUUCCUUCCUCGAGAGAAAUACACUGAAGUACCCCUGAAGCCAAUUCCCGAGGUACCGGAUAAAGAAAAGGAGGCCAUGUGAAGUGAACGUGAUUCCCCUACUCAAAGAGUCUCUGUUCACUGUGACGGCGAAAAACAUCGAAUGGAGCUUAAAGAGACUCAAAUUAUUCCAAUCACUACAUCGGUACUCGAGCAGCAUCAUGGAGUUUAUUCUAAAAUUAUCGGAAUGUCAGUCUGCUUCCAGAUUUGCGCAGUUUGGAUGGAGCAUGACAUAAAAAAUUGUGUAUAUAAAUUUUGUUAGACAUGAGUGAAAGCUGCUUUGUGGAUUGCGUAACUUGAUUCCCGCAUGAGAACUUCGGCCAAAACUACAUUGUAUGAUAGCUUUAUUUAUUUAUAAAUGUAUUUGGUGAACAUGUAAACGAGCAAUUUAUUAUUAAACCUGUAUUUGCCAAAUAUU